AUGGGUGAUUCAGAACAAUUUCCUUCACCAUUCAAUAUUAACCCAAUAUAUCCCAACAAACGACAUGCAAAGCUAUCAUCAACAGACACAAAGACCACACCAUCACCUACCCCUCAAUCUCAUCUGACACCGCUACCAGCGUUACCGAAUAACACCAAUGGAAAAUCCAUUAGCAACUCUAAUGGCAACAUAACUACCAACAGCUUUACUACCAGUAUCAACAACACAGAAAUACAUCUGAAUAACAAAUUUAAAGCAAAAGAUGCCGAGGAUGUAAUUGAUUGGAUUGAUAGUUUAAAAUCUCGAUAUGAACAAUUGAUAAUUCAUCAAAAAAAUGAAUUGAAUGAAAUAACCAAUGAUGAGUUAACGAGAAAACAAAAACAAGCAACAGUUGAUAAAUAUCUGUCGAUGCAUUUUGAUCAGGACUAUGAAAAAUUGGGUCAUCUUCUUGAGGUUCAAGAUAGUCAUUAUCCACAAAAAGAUUCACAAAAAGAGGAAAUAAUAGAUAGUAAUGACGAAGAUGAACAAGAGGAAGAGCAAGAUAAUGACAACGAUGAUGAAAUUAUUGAGAUUUUGUCACUGGAACCUGAAGAGGAAGUAUCGGAACAACCAACAACACAAGAACAUUACGGUCAAUUCCAUGAAGAGUUACAAUAUCCUCAAAUGACCCAUGGUUAUAACAAUAAUUUCCAAAUGAGUGGAAUAGAUUAUGGUACUAAUUAUAAUCAAAACAUCGAAUAUGACGAAGAAGAAGACGUAAAUGAGGAUGAGGGAGACGAAUUUGACGGAUUUAUUGAUGAACAAGCUCAUGAAGUUCAAGGUAGUUCCAAUUAUGAAGAUGAGGAAGAUGAAGACGAAAUUAUAGAUGAAGGAGAUGAGGUCGAAGAAGAAGAAGACGAUGAGCAAUAUAGUUAUGGAACCGGCGCACAACACCAGCAACGUGGAUAUGGUAUAACGAAUGUACCUGGUUACACGAUAGUUAAUGGUAGACCUCGAUUGUCAGAUAAUCUAGAAUAUGGCCAUGUUGAAACUUUUGAUAAUAACGAUAGCGAAGAAGAAGAAGAAGAAGAAGAAGAAGAGGACACAGAUCAAGAAGAACUCAGUAAAGAUGAAAUUGACGACGAAGCCAAUUAUUUUGCACAAAAUACCCAUCAGGGAAAGCCAGUUGAGACAAUUGAUUUAGGCAACACCGAAGACGACAGUAGAGAUAGUAAUGAAAGUGGUUCAGCCGACGAAGAUUUGGAAAGUGACCUGUCCAAUGAAAAUGAAAAUCACCUGGAGAGUGAGAAUUUCGAUGAUUCAGUCGUUGAAGGGUAUGAAGCGGGACACGAAGAAGAGGAGGGAGAAAGGGAAGGAGCAGGUAUUGGGCUUGAAUUUUAUUCAAACAAUGAAUUGCUAGAUUUUGCUGCCACAGCACUUUUGCAGGGUAAAAUUCAUGAACACAAAUCAAAACACUCACAAUCUGGAUAUAUAGCCGAUUCAGAAUUUACUGACACCAAUGUUCCUGUUUUGCACUCGCCAAAUACUGAAACAGAAGAGGGCAAACAAUCUCAGUUGAAUAACCAUAAUAACAACAUUAGUACCGUUCACAGCUCUAAGAGAAACAAUGAUUCUUCCACAAGAGUAUCAUAUCGAUCUGAGGGACUCGCCCCAGUUCCUGAUCCAUUUUAUGCUCAUGAAUUAAGCAAUGAAAAAAUGGUUGCAGUUGUCAAUGAUUUCGAUGAAAACCGAUCAGAAGGCUCACUAGCUGAUGAAAGUCAAUUUGAGUCAAUGAAACCAAAAGUGACUUUACCAAAUCAAGAUGAUCCUAUUAAUGAUAAUGGUCAACAUCAUCAAGAAAAUCAACAUAAAGAUAAUGAAUCAGUUUAUUCUUCGUCAGAUGAAAUAAAUCCACCAAUUCCAAUAUUUAAAACUAUUGAAGAAGAAGAACCAGAAAUUGUUUUACAGAAAUUGAAAGAAACAGAAAAAAAAUAUAAUAUCAAAAUUAAUGCAGUAGAAGAAUUAGAACGAGAGUUGCAUUUGCCAAUCGAGCAUGCAAAUGAUGAUUCGUUGGUGCCGACCGUGGAAUCUCAUGAAGAUAAACUAAAUCAAUCUAAUCACGCAAAAGAAGAAGAAAAAGAGGACGAGGAAGAAGAUCGGGAACAGAAAAAUGAGCCAAUAAUAGAGUAUGAUACCUCUGAAAUCGAAGAAGAGGAAGAUGUGGAAUCGGAGUAUGAAGCAGAAGAUUACAAAGUAAUUGAAGUCAAUGAAGAAGCUGAAGAUAUUGAUGAAGCUGAAGAUAUCGAUGAAGUGGAAGAUAUUGAUGAAGCUGAAGAUAUUGGUCAAGCUAACUAUAUUGACGAAGCUGAAGACAUUGAUGAUGUUGAAGACAUUGAUGAAGUGGAAGAUAUUGAUGAAGUCGAAGAUAUUGAUGAAGUGGUAGAAAUGGAAAUUGUUGAAGAUGUGGAAAUUCAAGAAGUUGAAGAAGAUGAAGAAUUCAGUGAAGUAAAAUCAACAGGAAAAGAAGAAGAACCUGAAGUAUUACAAUUGAGCAGUGAAGAGAAUGAUGUUGAAAUGGAAGAUGACGAAGUACAUCAAUUAGAUACUGCCAAUGAGUCUGAUGAACCACAAGAACUUGAACUAGAGGAAGAGUCUUUGACAAGCAGUGUUUUGAUUGACCCAGAAUUACAAGAUGCAAUGGAAAUUUGUGAAAAUACUGAAACUAUUGAACAACCUUCAGUUGAACCAGAUACAACUACAGUGGAUCAAACAGAGAAUUUAACCAUUAUUGAACCACCAAUAGUAGAAGAUUAUAAGUUACCAGUCGCCGAAUCACAAAAUGCAAGAGACGAAGAAACGCAACCCGCUCAAUCAGAUUCCCUUAAGGUAGAGAAUCAUGAAAGUAUUGUGUCACACAAUUUUGAAGACUACAAUAUAUCUGUACCAACAAUAGAGAAAAUACCUGAAGAAGAAACUGUCGAUUCCCAAAGUGCCAAUCAAGAAACCCAAUCUUAUUUUGAUAAGAGUAAAGAUACUCAGGAACAAGAGUUACAAGUAGAGGUGAAAUACAGUGAAGAAGAAAAGGAGAAUGAAGAAGAAGAAGAGAAAAAGGAAGAAAAACAAGAUCAGGAAGCGCAUCUAGAAGAAAUACAACAUGAUGUGCUUAUAGAAGAUGAGGCAAAUAAGACAAAACCAGUUUUGGAGCAUGAACUUGAAAACGAAGUGCCUAACAGCAAUGAGGAACAGGAAGAAGAACCACAACUUGAGUCUGAGAAGUUAGAAAUAAGAGAAAAUUUUAAAUCUGAUAGAAAUCAAGAAGAAAAAAUACAUGACUUUGAAGAAGUUAGAAAACCUGGCCAAUCUGAAGAAAAGAACGAGGAAGAGAAAGUUGUAUUGGACAAAAUUGAGAUACCUGAACUAGCACCAAUUGAUCAAGUCGACUCAGAAAGUCUGGAAUCAGGUUCACCUCUAGAAAAGUUAGAAACUGCCACAAAAGAUGAAAGUCCACUCCAAGAAGAUGAAUUAACCAGAUUGCUUACACCAGAAUUACAAUCUCAACUGAUGAAUUUGCAAUAUGAACAACAAAGCGACUCGGAAGAAUCAUCGGUGGAAUCGGAAACUGAAUCAACUUUAGAAACCACCAGUUUGGUCAAAGAAGCAGAAAUUUCUGAAAGUACAGACUCCAAAAAUCAUUUGAUCGAAGAUUCGGCAACACCACAAUCAGAACUGGAUUCCAAAGAUAUUGAAGAAAACGUACCAGAAAAUGAACAAUUUGAAAAUAUAAACCUUGACCGUAUUUUCAAGAAUAGUUCAAGUGAUGCAAGUGCCGCAGAAGAAGUGAGAGAGGAUACGCCUAAAGAUUUGGACGAGGAAGAAAUAUACAACGGACAACCAACGGUACCUAAAAACUAUGAAGAGGUGGAGUUAGAAAUUGUUAACCAGGAGAAUGUCACUGAUGAAGAAGACAUGGAACCAUUAGUUCAGGAAGUCAAAAUUGAUAUGAACUUUGAUGAUGAUGAUCAAGAUGAUGUAGAGGUGGAAUCAGAAUCAGAAUCAGAAUCAGAAUCAGAAUUAUACAGUGAUUCAUCUGUUGACAAGAUACAUGAUGACAUACAAGUACCAAAACUUGAAAAUAUUGAAGAUUCACAAGUAUCAUCACUGAGCGAGGACUCUGGUGAGAUUUCUUCAAAAUCUGAAAAUGAUGAAGAGCAAGAUGUCGAUGAAGAAGAUCUUGGCAAUCAAAUUACGAGUGACUAUAAAACCCAUAAUUUAGUGCCAGUAUCUAGCGAAGACGAAGUUGAUAGUUCAAAUGACUCAUCAGAAGAGGAAGACGUUGAACAGCUUAAUGUUGAACAAGAAUCCAGCUCAGAUGAAGAGCAAAUAAUUGCCGAUGAAUAUGAAGAACCGGCAAAGAACAAUAGUGUUAAAAGUGAUUUUAACACAGUUGAGUUGGAAAACCAUGCUAAGGAAGAAUCAGUUGAUCAAUCUGACAUCAAAGACGUUGAACAUUAUCCAAUUAUUAAACCGGAAUUUGAAGGACAUCAAGAUGUGGGAUAUUCGGAAGAGCCAGAAUCUAAUGAAGAUGACAUAGAUGAAGAACAUCCACAAUUGAAUCCUAUUACUGACGAAUUAGACAAUGACCAAGAUACAGUUGAAAAAACUAAUUUGUCUAGAAAGCGUGGAAAUGAGGGUGACCUGGAGUCAUCUAUGAAAAGAUUAAGAACAGCAGUUGGUAGUUUUGUAACUGGAAUAUUUAAUAGGAAGGACAAAAUUAGUCAAAAUUUUGAGAACAACACCGAAGAAUCAUCACCAAACCAGACUGAUGAUGACAACGAAACUGGCACUGAAAUGGAUAUUAAUAAUAAAAUAGAAAUCCCAAUUUUAGAGAAAGAACUGGAAAGUCUGGAAACUAUAGAAGAAGCUGACAGUGAAGAAUUACACAGAGAUGAAGCUGAACAGAUCUAUCAGGACAAUGAAAAUUUAGACUUACCUUUUGAACUAGGUACAGAUGCAAAUUUCAAUGAAGAAAAACCAACAGAUUUAGCAUCGAUUAUUUCCUCAAAGAAAAUCUUUGAGUACAGAAGACCUGUAAUUAUGAAACGUCGUACUAGAAGAAGAGGAAGAAGAACUUUAAAAUGGCUGCACAUGAUCACAAAUGAAUUGGAACUUAUACAAGCAGACAAACUUAAUGAGUCGAGAUUGACAGAGAAUCAGGAACCAAAUGAUGAAGAAGCUGAAGUGGAAACUAAAAAUUUACUUGAGGGUUUAAAUACAAGUGACGAUUCUGUGGAAAACAAUAGGAGUGUUAUGAAUAUUAAGAAAGAAGUUGAAAAUAACCUUGAUACAGACUCUGAUGUACAAAAUGAAGAACAAAAAAUCAAUCUUCCCAAGGUGAGAGAUAAUUCAAAGAAGAAACAAUCUAUAAAACAAAGAUUUAUGGGUUUACUUCCAGAAGAGUUAGAAGAGCUUGGAUUGGAUCCUAACGCUGUCAGUGAAGAAAGCAAUGAGGAUGAGUCAACUCGUCGUGGUCGAAGAUUAAGAAGUCAAGACAGUAAACCUUCUUUCUCAUUACAGUCUUCUCCUGUGAGUUCGAUUGAAUUACGAGACCGUCCAGCAUCGAGAACUAGAUCAAAAUCCCCACUCAAGCAAUCCAUGAAAGAUAUUUUAAAACUUGAAAAGGAAAUUAAACUAGAAAAUGAAAGAAACUCAAGAGUCAAUUCAAGUUCUCGUCUGCAAUAUAAAAAUGAUGAAUCUAGAGGCCGUCUGAGAAAAAGAUAA